AUGAUGGAGGCAGAGGGACACUGCAGGGCCCAGGCCGCGUGUGGAAAGACCGGGAUUGUGUGGGGCGGUGCCCGGCAGUCGCCCGGCCCCUUCCCGCCUGGACGCGGCGUUCCGGGGGGGACGGUUUCAGCGACGGACCCAUGGCGGCACGGCGGGCUGAGGCAGAUCACUGUUUUCCGCGGCGGUAGCAGAGAGGAGCCGCUCACCAUGCCGACGGUGGUGGUGAUGGACGUGUCCCUCUCCAUGACACGGCCGGUGUCGGUGGAGGGCUCCGAGGAGUACCAGCGGAAACACCUGGCUGUCCACGGCCUGACCAUGCUCUUCGAGCACAUGGCCACCAACUACAAGCUGGAGUUCACGGCCUUGGUGGUGUUUUCGUCGCUCUGGGAGCUGAUGGUGCCCUUUACGAGGGAUUACAACACGCUCCAGGAAGCCCUAAGUAACAUGGAUGAUUAUGACAAGACCUGUUUAGAGUCAGCGCUGCUGGGGGUUUGCAACAUUGUCCAGCAGGAGUGGGGUGCAGCAAUUCCUUGCCAG